AUGGAAGUUGAAGACGCAAAAAAAAGUGGCAAUGCAAAAAAAAAGAAAAAAGCCACAUUGGCAUUGAGCCGCCAUGUUUUACGAUUUAGCCACAAAAGACGAUGGCAAGAAGACGAGCAAACAAGUAAGUGGAAAGGUUAUUGUUUAAUUUCACUUCGUUAACUUUUAAAUGUGUCAUUUGGUCAGGCCAUGUUGCACCUGAGUCGAUAUGAAAUUGAACUGGAGGAUGCCGGUGUAGUGUUAGCUUUGGCUAAGACCAUCCACAAGAGGAGAAUCGAGUUUGGUAGCUUUACGGUUCGGUUGCUUUACUUAUAGAAAAGGUACACCGAGCUCUCGCUUUUUGCGUCAUUGGUCCCCAGCAGCUCACUUCAGUGGUGGCUUUUUUUAUUUACAUCCUUUUAUUUUCGCAAUAAGUAACUUUUUUUUUUUUUGCAUCAUUAUCUUCUGUUUUGGCUUCUUUUUAAAAAAAAAAAAAAAUCUGCACAGUGUCUCUUUUUUUAUUUGCAGCCGGCUUUGGUUUCUUUUUUUUAUUAUUACUUCAUCAGUAACUUCCAUAAUGGCUACUUCUUCUUCUUCCUCCUCUUUUUUUUAAAUUUAUUUAUUCAUUUAUUUAUUUAUUUAUUUUAUUUGCAGCAGUGGCGGUUCUCGGCCACCGUAUCUUUGGAUACAUAGUGAUUUAUCUGAACCAGUGAUAAAAACGAAAUGUCUCAAUGUUUUCAUUACGAUGUGUAACUUAACUGGUGCACAAAAGAAUAAUGUCGCAGCGGCACUUUCGCCUUCCUCUAAAUCUGUUGACAGUUUCCUAAAUGGAGAAGUGAGAUUGUGCAAAGGGAACACUUUCCCCUUUCUCGUAAAGCUCCUCCUCCUCCCCGCAUACUUCUCCUCUUGUAAACAACAGCUGAGUUCAGUUUACGUAAGCUUCUCUGCAACCCUGCGGAUCCCAAAGCUGGUGAGAGCGAACUUUAUGAAAAUACUUUUGCUUUCAUUUGAAAAUGGUCGCUGUUUGUGUGUUUGUAAAACUGCAAAGCUGGCUCAGAUAUCCGGUGUCAGGAGUGAGCUGCAACUCUGCAGGAUCGGCUUCAGGGCUCUGUGGACUGAAAAUGUUGUCGUCGACCAGCAGACUGUUCAGUCAUGGCUGAGUCAUCUGCUGUGUACUAAUCCUCACUCUGUGGGGGUUUUCUCUGUGGUUUGUUGUGACUUACGAAACAUUAAGAGGGUGUGAUCGUCACCAGCAGCUGCAGCGCUUGCUUAUUUAAUGCAAAGUGAAACAUAGGCCAAUAUUUGUUCUCUUUCUUGGUAAUCUGCAGGAGCAGCAUAUUUGCAAACAAUGAACUUGGCCCGCAUAAGUCUUAUCGCUACAGUAAAUCGACCUGCUCCUCCUACAUGUAAAACUGCAGAGGCAAUAGAUCAGGUUACUGUGAAGGCUGAGCUGUUAUGCAACUAGAUCCACACAUACUCAGAUCCUGGUGAAUCCAAAUAUGGGCACAUCUGUCAUUGGAGUUUACAGCAGUUUUGGAAGUUUUCCAAGAAAGACCUGCGUGUUCCUGUCAAACCAGCAUACAACAUUUAGGCCAAAACAGCCCAUACUACUAGGAGUGUGGGCGGUAUUGACAACAAUCUCGACCAGGACAUUAGGAAACUUCACUUUACAUAAUGAAAAUGUCUGUGCAGCUCUCUAUUCCUCUUUCCAAGUUCCUUAAAAAAUAAUAUUAAAAAAAGACCUAAAGUAAAAAAAUCCUACAUAAAAAAAAGAGAAAAAAUCAAAAUAGUUUCAUAAAACACCCAUAGGAGCAAAAAUGUGUGUGUGUGUGUGUGUGUCUGUAUGUUUGUUUGUAUGUAUGUAUGUAUGUAUGCAUGUAUGUAUGUGUAUAUAUAUAUAUAUAUAUAUAUAUAUAUAUAUAUAUAUAUAUAUAUAGCAGCUUAUAUUUAUUUAAUUUCACUUUUUUCAGCUUAUUCAAAUUUAAUUUCACUUUUUUCAUUUAAUUUAUAUUUAUACAAUUUCAAUUUUUUCCCUUUAUUUUUCUUUUUACUUCUUUUAAUUGAACUCUCUUUUAAAUGUUUUAUUUUGAAAUGAUAUGCAAACACUAUUAAAUGAAAAAAAAAAUAUAUAUAUAUAUAUAUAUAUAUAUAUAUAUUGGUGGGGGAUUAUAGAGCACGUGUGAUUUAUUUAUUUUCUCACACAUAAAAUAUCCUAAAUUUCAUACUGAUGCCUUCAAAUGAAAUCCAAAAGCAAAUAAGUCCAUCACUGACUUUAUUGAAAACUGUUUUGAAGUACUUUUUUAAAGCCUGAAACUGUUGCCAGAGGGUCGUUUUUCAGCCUAUAGCUUGAGAAUCAGCCCUGUUUUUUACAAUUUAAACAAAAGUAUUUACAAAAGAAAAAUGUAAAAGUCAGCAUCUAGUGGGAGCAAAAAGUAAUGAACGCUUUGUCCAUUGGGGGUACUACAAUCAAGCCAAGUUGAAAUUUCCCAUGCAGUUCAUGCAAUUUAUUUUAAGGCCACUAGAUGGUGCCACAGUCACAUCUUUUACAUGAAACGUUUAGGAAUGGAAAACAUUUUUAAAAAGAAAUUAAAGAGUACUGAAUAUUUUUUUCCUGAAAAACAGCAUAUUUAGGUAAAUAUUAAAAGGGAGAAAAAACCACAAAUUUUUAAUCCUUAUUUAUUAUUUUGUUAACGGAGUUUUCCUCUGGGCUUCUUUCUUUAUUUAUCUGUUAUUAUCUCUCAUUAUUUAUUAUCACUUUCCACCUACGGCAUUAAUUUCACCUACAUUCAUCAUGUGUAGUUGUUGUGUUUGUGAGAGAUUAUGGUUGUGCAUGUUAGACGAUUUGUGUUUGUGUGAAAGACGGUUUGUUGUUAAAGUCAGAUGAUAAGGGAUUACACCCAGGAUUAAAAUCAGAUGAUAAGGGCUGGAGAAGGGUGCAAUAUCUAUGUCAGAUUUUUAAGAAUUUUAACUUAAAAGACAGAAAUCUGACUUUGUUUUCCCGGGAUUUUAACUUCAGUCUUUUUGUUGUUUGUUUUUAAGUCAGAAUUCUUACUGAAGUGAGGCUGUAGAGCCCAGAGUUUCUUCCUCAAAUUUAAGAUUUUUUUUUUUCUCAGAUUCCAAAAAUUUUUAAGACUUUUUUUCUUAAAAAUUCAAACUGUCUCUUGUAAUUUUGUGGAAUUCUGAAGAGAAAGUCAGAAAUCAGAUUGAAAAAGAAAAAUCAAAACUUGUCCAAAUCCUUAAAAAUGACUUUUGACCUUUCCGCAAGUGACUAUGCCCGUGUAAAAAAUCGUGUCGUUCUAUUUUAUAACAGCACCCUACACUGAAAUAGCAUACAUGAGCAAACCGUGAGAGUGAACACAUUUUCAGGAAGUCUAUGAGGGGAAAAAAAGGCUCUGGUUUUGUGAAUAAAAUUCUCUUCUGCAUCAGUGAGGAGCUUUUAGCUUCAGCCAGUAGAUGGCACCACUGAUACACCAAUGGAUCCUUACUCAGUGUAACGUGACUGUCAAGACUAGAUAAGUCACUAAGAGGGCACUAAAUCCAAUAAGGGAGCAUGAAGUUUUUAGUGCAGCUCUAAGAUAUUUAUUUUCUCUUUCAAUAAAUCAAAUCAAAAUAGAUUUUGACUGUCAAAAGCAAAAAAAGCUUUAGCGGUCAACAUAAAUAUGAGCACCCUGCCUCCUCUCUCUCUCUCUCUCUGAACCAGGCAAACAAUUCCCAGGCAGGCACAGGUGACAUCCAUUUGACAAUCAGAGAGGGACGGAGAGCGAUCAAAAAGGGGGAAGUAGAUCUGAUUGGCUUAUUCAGAAGAAGUUUGCCAUCUGGUCUGUCAUUCUUUUUUUUUCCCUCUUCUUAUUCUUAUUAUUUUUGCAUUGCACACAUAAAAUAGUGAGGCAAAUCAUUCAAAUCAUGCAGGAGGAACCAACAAACCCCUCCAAUGUUGACUGUUUCUAAGAGGAACUUGCCCUCCGUGUGAGAGACAUUCAACAUGUAGACAAAGCUGCAACACGUGAACUGCAAUGAUACGAAAAACGUGACAGAAAGACAGGAAAAAAGGUGUGUGUUGAGACACCAUGGGGCCUUCACCCAGGAUUUGACACAUUAUCAUGUUGCAUUACUUAACAGACUAAGCAGAAACUGUGUAGUUUGCUUCUCAAACUAAAAUUUCCUAUGUGUUCACUCACAUGAGAAAGUAAAUCUAACAUGGAAGACUUGGGUUUAGCCAGAGAUGUUUAUGCAGAGAGAAGGUAAUGGAAAGAUGAGAGACAACUCUGCCUUUACAUCAACCAAAAAAAGACAGAGGUCUGAGAAAUCGCUAAUCGGGUCAGAAUUCAUAAAAUCCUGUGUGUGUCCUGGGACUAGAUAAAAGAACCUUUCCUUGGACUGGGUGAGUUUUACACACAGGGUUGUCGCAAUGCUCCUCUCACUCUCUGGAAAGAUCUCAUCUGCUCUUUUCCUCUUGGUCAAUCUGAAUCUGUCAUUACAUCAUGAAACUUGCUCCUGAAAAUACAAAUAUUGAUAGAAGGAAAGUAAAAAUAGGAAGGAAUAGGAAUAAAUAAUAAGAAACUGCAAUGGUUAGUAUAAACCGCAGAGUACUAGAAAUAAAGCUAUGUAGAAGGAAGUGUGUAGGAUAUUACACAGUGUAUUAUACAGUUUGACAAAGUAUUGCUCAGUUAAACAUAGUAUUGCACAGUGUAACUUAAUAAAACAAUGUACUCUUAGUAUUGCACUCUUAGAUUGUUGAAGUUGUGAAUGGUUUACCAACAGUUUGCACAGUUCAAACUGUUAGCAGCCGCUUCCCCAGUCAUCUGAGAGUCAGAUCUCUGACGUCAGCUCACACCAGUCCGUCUAGUUCCUCCACUCAGAGCUGUGGCUAGAGCGACCUUACUCAACCAGGAUUCAGAUCCAAACAGAGAAAAACCCUGAUCUUUAAUAGAAAGAUCUACAUUAACAUAUCCAUACAGAUUCAUGCUGCUGAAAUAGAAAGUGGGCUUGAAAUAAAGUGAACAAUACAUGCAUAUAUAUAUAAAACAAUGCAGUGGACACAUGCGAACAUUUAGGCCUGUGGUGCAGCAACUAAACCUUCAUUAAUCAUUUAAAACUCAGAGCAUGCUGACAAUGCCAGACACGGUCUAAUGGGAUUUUUAGUUUUCACACAUAGUUAAAGACAGGUAGGCUAUUAGUCACUAUUUACUUAAUUUUGCUCUCAGAUCAGAAAGCUUUACUUAAGCUCUCAGGCUACAUUCAUAGCAAUAUUUUAGGCCUUUGUUGUUAAGUGGAAAUGGCAUAAAUCAGACUGGUGUUACACAGCAGUCUGACUUCAUGAGUCAUGUGAAUCUCCUGUGUUUUGCAAUGAGUCACACAUGGCAGUUAAAUGCUCCCAGGUUAAAAGUGUAAUUCGUAGACACAGAAUGGAGCGUGCCGUCAGCAUUUCAUAUCAAAUUCCGGUGUAGGUACCAGAUGUGUCCGCGCCUGUUGACGACGUCACACUGUGCCAAGUCCACUUGGACAAACUACAUUGUGCUCCAUUUAAUAAGUAAAAUGUGCUCGGUUAAAAGCCUCUCAUAGUUUUCUUUGUUUCUGUGUGAUCAUUUGAUUGACCUCCAAAUUUUCUCCAUAUAAUACUGAGAAUUACAACUUACUGUACUGUGAUUUUUUAGAUGGCUUGUUAACAAUUGUCCAUGUUAACUUUUCUAUGAAAUGUACGCAGGAUCGCCGCUUAUCAAUUGAUAGUUUUGCUUUUAUUCCACAUUUCCUUUGGCGACCUAAAAGAGGCCGUAGUCCCGUAGUCUUUAGUCCUCUUUAAUAACUCGCGAUUGAUUUUCUUGUCAAAUUCGUCCAUGUUUUAAGAACUACAAUCCCAUGAAACCUGAUCUGGUGAAAACCGCUUCCGUAAUGUCCGUACCAACCUCAAUCUUAGACGUCAGCCGAACCAACUUCCAACCAAUCAUAUAGCGUGACCAGUGUUGUAUAGUAAGUAAGUAGCAAUACUUAAGUAAAGUACUUCUGUAUAAUUUUGAAGUAUCUGUACUUAAUUGGAGUUUGUGUGUGUGUGUGUGUGUGUGUGUGUGUGUGUGUGUGUGUGUGUGUGUGUGUGUGUGUGUGUGUGCGCACGAGUUUUCCUUUUACUUGGCUACAUUUCUAAAAAUAAAAGUGUACUUUUACUCCGCUACAUUUCACAGAGGCAUCUUUGCUACUAUUAUAUUUACUGCGUCAUUAUGACAGUGGGUAGGGUCGAAAAACCUUUUCCCUUUUACCUAGUGUUGAUUUGCAUUGCCCUCAUCAUCGUCAAUCAGUCACUCAAGCCCGGGCAUGUCCGCAGCCACUUGUUGGCUACGCAGUUACAAUACUUCCGCCCAAGUAUAUUUGUUUUUUGGGGUCUGUUUAGAAGGCAACUGCGUUUUCAGGAGACGAAAAGGUAACAAAGUGAAAACCCUCUCCAGAGUGGAAAUGUUGUAAACGCUCAUCAUAGCCAUGCGCAGCUUCCUUGAAAAUAACAACAACAACCAUGCUAGACAUUCGAGUCGCGCUGUCGUUAUUAUUGAACGGGCAGGAGCUCAAUUUCGACCUGUACAGAAUCCUCACGGAUCAUACCACUCAGCAGAGGAGGUGUCUGAAUUAUUUGCAUCAAAUAAUUAAUGUGCGAAUUGGCAGAAUGGAAGUUGUUCUAUGUAUGCGUUGUUGGUCUAUAUGGGAGUGUGGUCACACCGACACACACCACCUACAGCCUGGCAUGCACAUUACAGCGUUUUCAACCACAUUGCGUUUUUUCUGUAAUCACAGCAUAAAAACUGAAAAUGAAACAGCACUUUUCCAUUUUCUAUGGAGACCGUUUCCGUCUAAAGAUAUCCCAAUCUGGAGGGCAUUUUUGAAAGUUACCGUUGAGGUCAGCUAAAACACCAUUUCUGUUAUCAUGAGAAAAUGAUAUUUUUAUGUCAAGAUAACGAAAAAAAAUAGUUUGAGAAAACAAACUUUGUCAUAUCAAAAUAACGAGAUAAUAAGUCGUUAUCUCAAGAUAGUAAUGCAUAAAAAAAUAAAUAAUCCAUGGCCAUUGUAGGCUUCCGUACAAAAGGCCCCACACAGCGUAACAGUUUAACAGCUGCCCUGCUCAUAAUCAGAAGAAAAUAAGCUUAUCUGACUAGUGCCACACUCAGUCUAACUUCAAGAGUAACCUGAAUCUCCUGCCAUGAUUAGUCAGACUCUGAUGUUCAUGAAUGAAACGUAGAAGGGAGUAGUAUAACACCUCCCCAGCUUGUACUAGUUCAUAAUAUGAUGACAUAAUAAUGAGGACUCCGCUCUGACUCAGACAUGGUGACUCAACAAAACAUUGUAAGACAGAUCUGGUUGUGCUGACUGUUUUUCUGAACUCUUAAAAAGUUAUAUAUAUAUAUAUACACAUAUAUAUAUAUAUAUGUAUAUAUUUAUGUUUGUUUGUUUUUUGUUUUUUUCAAACAAUCUAAUCCUCCUCUGUAAUUCCAAAGGUCCUUACACACCGGGAGCGGUUUUUUUAAAUCAGAUUGCGUGUUGUUGCGACGUCAGAUUCACCAGUAUAUCCAACAUGGUCGACCGGCUGAUUGUUUACAUGUCGGAAAACACUCACCAUGUUUACAUUAGCAUUUCACAGGAUUGCUCUGUAGUGAAAGCUCACACUUUGGUGUUCAAGAUUAAAUAUGGGAAGAGAUUUGUCUACAAAUAUAUAUCCAUGAUUUACACGUGUUUUUUUUUUUUUUUUUUUUGUCAUUUUUGAGCCAUUCAUAAGCAGAAUGAAAGAUUUAAAGAUCUACAAAUGAUAUGUCAUGAUAAAUGCACACACAAAAUUAACAAAUACAUGUGGAAAUCAUCAAUACACAUUCAUGCAUAAAUCUCUCCCUAAAUGUAAACUAAUUCAAACCCAUUAUUAUAAAUUUCCUAUGUUUUUUUUCCUGUCUAUGUGUUGAAACCACUUUAAGUAGGUUUUGUUCAAGCACCUGUUUGGGCAGCCCGGGGUCCUUUUGGAUUUAACCCAUUUUUGUUCAGGCAUUGUUGCGAUAGCGGAGAUUACCGCCAAAUGCUGCAAUCAAAUCAUUAGUUGAUCAAUAAGUUGAUUGUUGUGCGUUCGUGAAGCAGUGAGUAUUGUAAACUCGAUGUAUAUGCUAAAUGAGUGUGUGUUUUCAAUCAAGGAUGGUUGGUGAUUUGUAUAAAGUUUGUUUAUAUUUGCCGAAGUUAGCAUACUUGUUGUAUCGUGUUACUAAAGCUAACUAGCGAAGCUAAUACUGUGUUUAUGUCUGUUAGACAUUGCUUUAAUUUCACGCGUUGUGUUAAUUUUAUUUACAGAGACCAUAUACGAUCAAUGUGAAAGACGAGCACUGCUGAAACGCUGUUAUACUGUUAAAGAGAAAAAAUACAAAGGGCUAACUGUAAAUUGUGUCUUGGCUUCACUCUCUGACUGGAGAACCUGAAUGGAUGAAGUGUCCCAGCAGUAUUUAAUAAUAACACAGAAGUCAUUCUCCAAUACCGAUGCUUAUCAUCUGUGCGCAGUUUUCAACCAAACCACAGCUUUCAGUUUCACACUCUCAGUGAAGAUAUUUUUUUCCCCAUCAGAUCAAAAAGAAAUCAAAUGAAAACACAUGAAAGUUUUUUUUCAGUGCGUAAAUGAAUGGGCAACGCUGUAGUGUUGUUGCAAUUUACCAGGGUACAAUUUACUUUUUCAUACCGGAAACCAGCUAUACUAGGCCAAGGAUACUACAGAAUAACAGCCGACUUGCAGUCAUACUGCAUCCUACUAUCGAACACAGUACUCAGUCAGCAGGAGUAUAUGCAGUAAGCCAAUUCGAAAGCCCCUGUCUUCCCCCUCUGUCCUCGUCGGUUCAUUGUAUGUCGCUGUGUGCGUAUGCUUGUGUCCACAGUUGUUCCUUGUGAUUUUUUCCCCAGUGUCUUUAGUUCGAUUUUGCCCUUUGGAUUUUUUUGGUUGGACCUUUUGAAGAAGGUGUUUGUUGUUUUUUCAUUUUACCAGGGAAAAACUAAAUUAACUGAGCAUAUCAUGACAUCCUGUGGACCAUGGGUGGAGUUAUUAUUCUGUAACAUGACAAACAAACAAACCUGAGUGCUGAACACUUUCCUGAUUGAAGAGCUAAAGACAGUGGGUAACAAACCGUGUUUUUAGGUUUCAGUACAGCAGUGGACUGGUGGACUGGAUGGUGAUGGUUGCAGCCUUGUGGUAGUCCCAGUUUACACCGCUGCACCAGAAGGUAGUUUGGGAUACCUCCCGCUCUCUAGUUUACAUAGAUGUUUCUCCGCUUUUUCCCUCCGUGCAUAUAGUCGCCGCCAUAAACAGCACGCUAUGGGGGCUCUUUCACAGUCCCUCAUCGUUAAGUUUGGUCACAUUUUUGUCUCUUUAAAGGCCGCAGACUGAACAGCCAGUCAGUGUUGCAGGAGGAAGAGCAUGUCUGUGUGUGUUGCUUCCAUAAAUAGUGCAAAAACAAACAGGCUUUGUGAUAGUAAAGUAAACUUCUCAGUUCACUUAAAGCACUUGGGUCCAAGUGUCUCAAAAUCAGCUGCGUAACGUGACAGAGUUGACCCCGUCUUUGCCUGGCUGGCCCGCUGGUUCCCUUGAGCUCCUAUUUUAAGUGCCGAGCUGACCCGCGUCCUUUGUGGAUUAAACUCUUAGAUCGUGUCGUAGAACUUCACUUAAAAAAAACGGUGAAAUACCCCUUUAAAAAGAGGGGAGCUUUGAAAGACAUGACUGUCUCCACCGGUAGGAGACCACAGGGAAGCUUCAGGACACGCUGGAGAGGCCGUGUUGGCAUGGAAACGCCGCGGGGUCCCCCCGGGAAGAGCUGGACUAAGUUGCUGGGAGGAGGGAUGUCCGGGCUUCUCUGCUCGGGCUGCCAAAAUGUGUUUUGGCUAGAGGUGAUUCAUUUCACCUUCUGUGUUUGUACAUCUGCUGCUCAGCCGACACAUGGUUAUGAUUAUCACGCACUGGGAGAUAAAAUCCUAAAGAUGAAUUUAAAGAAAACAGUUUGAUGUGAAAUUAUUUACAGCAGCAAAACUGUCAUGACCAUAAAACAGUCUUCAUGUUGACCUGAGUUUAAUAGACACACAUGGCCUGGUGUGAUCAUUAGACACUGUCCUUCCACUCCUUACAAAGUAGAUGACAAAAUGCAUCAGCAAGAGGCUUACGGGACGUACAUCGCUUGUUUCUAUCACAGGAAAAUUCUGUCUUUUUGACGUCCUUUCUUCAUGAGUCAUCUGUCAUAAACUCUGUUGUGGUUUAGAAAGAAGAAGUGUACAUUGUAUUUGCAUGUGAGUUUAACACUUCGCACUUGCGCAAUGUGUGUUAAGGCACGGCUCUCCUGCAGCCCUUACCGGUGGGAAACCAAACUGGCCCUGAGGAGGUUUACAGUUUGAACCAGCACUAGCACCGGCCCUGAGCCAACACCAGGACCUCUGUCUUGGAAGAGAGUGAACAAACAUCAAGAUCUCUCACACACACUCAGACACACAAACACAGCUGCUGGUUAUGAUGAUUUGCAGCACUGCUUCUCCCCCUCUAUGCGCCUCUUUCACUCCUUUUCUAUCCAGACAUUUACAUCGACUGUCAGGUGUAACAGAAGCUCUAAAGCCCUGUCUGUUUCCCCCGAAAUGACUUCAUAAUGUCUCACUGAAAUGUUUGCAGACAAUAUCGCUGCAGGCUGAUACUGUGUGCUUUGCCUUACACAGAUUACACAGUAUGUCUCUGUGUUGCUGGCAGAGGUUAAGCGGCACAAUGGCGGAGUAAUCCCUCGGUAUGUCAGGCCUCCGGCGCACUAUCUGAGCCUGUGAGUGUCUAAACAAGGACUUAAGUGGAACACUUUGUUUAUAUCACACUGAGUCUGUUGUCAGGGCUGUGUGGAUUUGUCUUAUCUCAGGGUGGAUGUGGACCGUAGACUGUAUAUAGAUGGGACGCCGUCUGCUUCCUUGCAGGGUGAAGCCACUCUUAGAACAGCGCCCUCUGGUGAUGGGCUGCAGUAUAGGUCAUAAAUCCCACCUCCUCCAGCGAUCCCUAUGGAGCUGUAGACAAACUUUAGAAAUUAAUCACACAGUGUAUAAAUGUUUCUCCCCUCUGGUUGUGAUGUUGACGUGUAGUUACUGUCAGACUGGUUUGUGUUCAAGUCCUAUUUUUUUGUGUCUUUUAUCAAAAGUCACUCUGUUCUCCGACACGUAAACAAUCAGCCGGUCGGCCAAGUUGGAUAUACCAGUGAAUCUGACGUUGCAACAACACAAAAUCUUGAUUGGUCAGAAGUGGACACACAGUAUGUGAAACUUUGGAAAAAUCGACUGAUACGAAAAAAUAAAUGCCGCAAUAUCAUCACUGAUGUGAACGCUUGUAUUGACAGGAUACGGGUUCGAAAAAAAUAUAGCCGUCCGAAAUAAUCGCACGAUAAUAACGGUCCCAGUGUGAAAGGACUUUUAAUGUGUCAAAUUCCACCGGCUUCUUUCCGGCCCCCUGCGGUUCAGUGGGCUUUGUAGCCAAUCGCCAGGUUUCUAUUUUUUCGUAGCAUGCCGCAUGAAUUCAGCACAGAUUAGCCCGUGCUGGAAAGGAACACAGACACAAAAUAAAAACAUUCGGCUUCUUUUCUAAAGUAAACACUACAUAUAUCAGGUGGAUCAUAUUUCAUACCAUGCAAACAUGCUUUGUUUUGUAGAUAAAGAUAAAUAUUGCAGGUACCCAUGGUUAAUUCCCAAUCUCCACAAAAGUGUCUGAUCUACUGGUCUGGACAGAGUGGAUUUCCUCCUCUGGAAGGACACAGUCUGUCUUUAUAGAGACAACUCAUUAUCGUGGGAUUGCAUGUGAAUCCACAGGUUCUCGUGGGAAAAUCACAGCCAAUUCUGCUGCAGUGCUGCUUGUAUGGUGUGGAAAUUUGAGAUAAGUCUCAUUUUCAAUGUGUAACAUCAACAAGUAAGAUACUUUAACAGGUGAAUGUAGCAAUGACUCAGCACGAUGGCAGGCAUGGUCGUGCACACGUACACUAUACCUCAUGUGAUCAGCCCCUGCAGCUGGCGUGUAUGCAAGGCACACCCGUCACGUGUGAGCUCAUCCUUCUCCAGCAUUCUUCCUUCCUGUUAACUCUCCAGAAGGAGAAAGCCCUCAUGUGCACUGUUGAAGGGUGCAACAUUAGCACAAAAUAACCCUUUACUUCUAUCGAGAUCUGCCUCAGCUCUAAAAAGGCCUUAAGAUUUUGCAGCUGGUUCCAAAGGUCAGAGCUGAAAUGUGGGGAAAAGGCGUUUUAGUCUGCUGCUCUCUUUACUUUAGAAGAAUCGUCUCUCAUCAGCUGCUUCAAUAAUCCUAAAAAAAAUGAGUCUAAUGGUGGAAAAGUUUCUGCAGAAUUCCUCUCUUGCUGUGUGCACCAGUUCUUGCACCAGUCUGAGCGCUCUCUACAAGAACUCUUUUUUUGUUUUAAAUUCAGCAAAGAGGUGAUGGAGUGAAGAUCAUUCAGGUUCUUCAAAGAGGCCGGUCCAGAUGUUUAUCUCUUUGUAUUGCUGCUUUGUGGUUAACAAGAAGAAAACAUGAGUCACAAAAGCUGAGGAGAUGUGAGAAUGACUGUGUCUGUUGUUAAAUACCAUGAACUCUGCCAGCUAUCCAAACAGCCCUGAUCCAGUCCAUGAGUCCAGUCCAGUCAACUCUUUUCUGUUGUUCUCUGCUUGGUUGGAAAACCACUGAGUGUUUACGAGUCAUCAGAGGCAUUAAAACGGCCGUUGAGUAUCUCUAACUCUGCGGUUUGGAGUGGUGCCACUGAGCUCAGCUUUGUUUUACUUAAAGAUCACCCUUCUUACAGUAUUUGCAUUUAUACCUGUUGCUUUAUAAGUGUGUUUGACAAAGCCAGGGCUGUAUAAAAGUACAUCUGUGCAACAAAUCAUAUUAACUCCUUCAGUGCCAGGUUCAUUUAUGAUAUUUUCACCCAGUGCCACCAUUAAUUGCGAUAGAAAUUUCCGUAUCUUUCAGGACCCACAGAAUAUCUUGUGCUUGGACUAGAAUUAAGUGAAAUAUCUCAAAAGAAAGGGGUGAUUCUCUUCUUUCACCAGAAAAAAAAAGUUAGUCUCUAACCCACUCUUGUGUUUGGUUAUUGUUUACUCAAUGCAGCGUGGUCAUAUCAUCUUUGCCGAUCUGGAAAAAGAAACCUGGAAAAACGCAUUUUUACAAAGGAGAAAUUUUCAAGCAGAACUCUGAUCGUCUUUUUCAUUUCACAUCUAACUACUUUACCGGUGGCAUCAAGGUCCUCCCUCCUUGGACACCACUCCUCACUAAUUUCGAGAUCUGACUGUGAUAGGUCACUUUGUGAUGGCUGGGAGUCAAAUUGGCUCUCGAAAAUCUGACACUGUGACGCAAACCCGUAGACUGUAUAUACUAUGGACAACUUGGUUCCGCCUCCCGCCUGUAUACGGAUUUGAAGCCAAAAAGCUCUCCGUAUUUCCAGGAUUUUUUUUCAUUUCCUGAAACCAGCGCUGUAGUGUUGUGCGCUUUUGGCGGGAGAGUCACUGAGAGUCGCUGUGAUGACGUUCGACUCAAACAGCGUAUCCCCCGGGUGAGCUACGCAAUCCCUGAACACCCAUAGGCUGUAUCAAAUGUCAAUCAUAGAAAACAUGAACCCCCUGAUAACUUUUAAAAAUGGAGCUUCACAUAAAAAAAAGGACUUGAGCACAAACCAGUCUGACAGUAACUACAUGUCAUGAAAAAAAUUAAUGUUCUGUGUCAUAAAUUUCUAAAGUUUGUCCACAGCCCCAUAAGCUUUUGGGAUUUAUGACCUAUACUGCAGCCCAUCAACAGAGGGUGCUGUUCUCGGAGUGGCUUCACCCAGAGAGGAGGCAGACGCUGUCCAUUCUAUGUACAGUCUAUGCAUAAACCGCAUGGACUGCUCGCGUCCUCCUCGCCAGGACUGUUGCUGAAUUCCAGCUCAGUCUCGCUCACCAGUACCGACACUGGCGGCUGAACAACAUGGCCGGGAAAUUGUUUCUUUGAUUUUCGCCUGAGGAUGUGAAGGUCCGGUACCAGAGACAGAAGCACUGCGCCCAUGGGAGCUGAUGCGCUGAGACUGUUAGCUCUUGGCUAAUGACUUCAGCAUUUUCGUACUCUCCUCAUAGAGAAAAAAACACUCCACAAUUAGGCUAAUUCGCACACUUGAUAGCACACUUCUGACCCUCGAAUACUUGUUUUUUGUUAUUGUAACAUGGUUGUGAUGUAUUUGUCGGCUUUUCUGCGUUCAGAACGACCCUAAACUUAGUCGCAUGUUAGGGAGGAGCGCCCUAUGGCAGAAAACAAAAAAACAAAAAAUCCGUCAAAAUCUGUCAAUGGCACUGAAUGAGUUAAAAGAAGAAGCAGAUAUGGGGUGCCGUUUGUAAAGCAGCCCAUUAUAAAAACAACAGCAAGAUUUGGUCAUAUUUAGCAAAACAACAGCAAGAUUUAGUCACAUUUAGCUUCAAACAGCAUUUAAAAAAGUGAUGUGAAUUUUCGGCAGUCAUUUUUUUGCACAUUUACAACAACAUUUAAAUACUAAAACUAAAUGUUAAAUGUUAAAUCUAAAUGCUAAAUAUAAAUCUUAAAUAUAUAUGUUAAAUCUAAAUGUUAAAUAUAAAUCUAAAUGUUAAAUCUAAAUGUUAAAUCUAAAUGCUAAAUAUAUAUCUUAAAUAUAUAUGUUAAAUCUAAAUGUUAAAUAUAAAUCUAAAUGUUAAAUCUAAAUGUUAAAUCUAAAUGUGUUGGGCGAAACUAAAUAUUUAGCUAAUAUGCAAAUUCACGGUCGGAAACCGGAAGUGCCAAAAUAAAAGCUCCAGAAGGUCAUAUUGAUGAUUCUUGUGUCGAAGAAAACGAAUUAAAACCAAUUUAAGGGGGGGACAAAUACUUGGGGUGACGUUUCGUGUUAAUAACUACCUACAAUAGCGACAGCAACAACAAAAACUUUAUUAGAAAGACUCGAGUUUUCAGUGUCGCUUCUCCGUAUGGCGCGGACACUGUACGAACCAUAGACUGUAUAUAAGAUACAUAUAUAUAGUCUAUACAUAUAAACUUAUAUACAGUCUAUGGUUUCGAACCCCGGCUUCCUACGUCCCAGUCGUCCGCGUUACCCGUAUGGCCAAAGCACUUCAUGAAUAGAUAAGGUGCCAUGGAGUAGUAUGACGUGUGCGCCUGCAUGUGUGUGUGCGUGUGUUCGUACAGUGUCCGCGCCAUACGGAGAAGCGACACUGAAAACUCGAGUCUUUCUAAUAAAGUUUUCGUUGUUGCUGUCGCUAUUGUAGGUAGUUAUUAACACGAAACGUCACCCCAAGUAUUUGUUCCCCCCUUAAAUUGGUUUUAAUUCGUUUUCUUCGACACAAGAAUCAUCAAUAUGACCUUCUGGAGCUUUUAUUUUUGCACUUCCGGUUUCCGACCGUGAAUUUGCAUAUUAGCUAAAUAUUUAGUUUCGCCCAACACAUUUAGAUUUAACAUUUAGAUUUAACAUUUAGAUUUAGAUUUAACAUUUAGAUUUAACAUAUAUAUUUAAGAUUUAUAUUUAGCAUUUAGAUUUAACAUUUAACAUUUAGUUUUAGUAUUUAAAUGUUGUUGUAAAUGUGCAAAAAAAUGACUGCCGAAAAUUCACAUCACGUUUUUAAAUGCUGUUUGAAGCUAAAUGUGACCAAAUCUUGCUGUUGUUUUUAUAAUGGGCUGCUUUACAAACGGCACCCCAUAAGCAGAUGGUUGAUAUAGUCAGUUUAAGUCAUGCAUUAGUGAUCGAGAGGCUUUAAUAAGACUCAAUUUGCAAAACCAAACAUACACUUAACACCUAAUAUUUACAGUUUUAUAGCAAAUUACAAUUAGAGACUGAUUACAGUCAGUCGGCUGCUGUUGAGUGACUGUAAUCAGAUUAGACUGCAGCUGUGACCGUUUCAUUUGAGAGGUUUUCUUCAGAGAUUGAGAUUAAGUAUCAGAUAUUAGACAGUGUUUGGCUGCUGACGGUUGCUUCAGUCAUGUGAUACGAUCAAACUCCUCUUUGACAGUUGACAUGAACAUCAGAGAUUUUAUUCAGCCCUUUGACUGAGUUUACAUACCUCAUAUACUUCAACAGUGUCUGCGUAGUAAUGCUGUAGCCACACUCCCUUUUCUUAGACACUAAACUCUGUGAUUCACAGCUCUCCUGUUACAUUGAUUUUUAAGGUUAACCUAUUAAUAAUUGUGCACUUACAGUGACAACACUAAUCUAUGAUGUUCAAACACUUUGCAAGAGUGGUUGAGGUUAUCAGCGGCUCAUUGCAGGCAGAUGUGAUGUGGAAACAUUGGCGGUUCAGCCUCUGAUUGCUUUCAUUUCUUCCUUCAGCCAAUGCUAGAUGUCUCUCCAAAACUCUAAAGAAGUUUAAACAUGCUUUUCUUCUUCUCACAGAACCUAACCUUUAAAAUGUUGCAUAUGGGCUGUUUCUAGGGACACAACAAGUAAAAUACAAAUGCAUGCUACAGGGUGAUGAGGCUCAUCUGGCCCCAGUGAGAACAAAGAGUUGCCAGUGUGGAACGGUCACGGCUGCUUAACCUGCCAGGUAAAUAGAUAAAGACACACCCUGUUGUACUUUGAAGGUUUGUUCAUCAAGAACAAGAAGUGAUCCACUAAGAAGGAGGCAAAAAGAGCAACCACAACUACAGAGUCCAGCAUCUAACAAAAUAAAAAUGUAAAGGAAGCAAAUUAAAUGUAUAUGCAGUGGCCUCUGGUAGCCCUUAAAGAAUCUAAGAUGUGGAGAAAGUACCCUCUGGCUGCUCUUUAAAUAAUUAAUAUGUAAGCCAUUGUCCUCUGGUCUCUCUUCAAUUGUAAACAAAAUGUCCUGUAGUAGCUUUUUGAGCAACAAUUGUCAAAGAAACACUCCAUAGUUGCUUUUUUCGCAAAUUAAACAAAACUGAAACUCCAGUUUGAUCCUUGAAUGGAUUCUAAAUGAACGUAUGGCUCUUCUGUUUGUCGCUUUUUAGAGCAUAAAUGUAGACAAAGGGCGCUUUUGCUGCUUUUUUGCAAACAAGUAAAAAAUGUCCCUUGCUUUUUUUGUAGUGCAUUAAAGGGAUAUUCCAGCAUAAAUUUAAGUUAGGGUCAAACACACCGUUACACAGUUAGACACCCCCUCCAGAGAUGAAUGUUGCCGACGGCUUGCUUCUCUAGUUAUUCAAACUUAAGUAACGACCUCAUGAUAGCAAUACACGUGUAAACCUCAACCAAAACGCCACUCUAUAGCCACAAAUAAUGCUCAGAACAGCACCUAACUUCAUCAACAGGACAUAUAGGGUCUCAGCCAUUUUACUAGCCACCAAACAUCUUUUUAACUUUAGCAAAGAGACUAAACACAACUCACCUAUUCUCUUCCAGCAGCCGCUUGUUUGUAGUGAGACCUCGGGCCAGUCCAUUACAGACUACAGUGGGGUGACACAGCUCAAGGAAGAACAUUUAUGAUAAUUUCUUCAUGGAAAUACAAUCAGACUGAGACACUAAGGCAGAAGAACUACCACGUCUACAAUGCAAAUUAUUAUUAUGAUGAUUAUUACUUCAAGGAAAUGAUGAAAAAAAUGAUCAUAAAUGUUCUUCCUUGAGCUGUAGUCUGUAAUGGACUGGCCUCAGGUCUCGUGACAAACAAGCAGCUGCUGGAAGAGAGUAGGUGAGUUGUGUUUAGUCUCUCUGCUAAAGUUAAAAAGAUGUUUGGUGUCUAGUACUAUGGCUGUGACCCUAUAUGUCCUGUUGAUGAAGUUAGGUGCUGUUAUGAGCAUUAUUUGUGGCUAUAGAGUGGCAUUUUGGUUGAGGUUUACACGUAGAGAUGUAGACCACUGUGUAUUGCUAUCAUGAGGUCGUUACUUAAGUUUGUAUAACUAGAGAAGCAAGCAGUCGGCAAAAUUUAUGUCUUGAGUGGAUGUCUAACUCGAUGUUAGACUGAGAGAGAAAAAAAUGGAGAAGGUUGUUCUCAUGCCAGCUGUGUGUGGAGUACUUCCCCAUUUGGAUUUCUGCUCCUGUUGAUCCUUCCCCUCUUUAAGUGUUUAACUACGUUUGUCUCAUGUCACAUUAUCAUCACUGUCAGCAGAGCUACUCAGCAAGGAAAGCCUCUCUUCCUCUGUGUCCUCUGUGCAGCCUGAAACUCCCUACAGAUCUUUUUCUGUAACGAAGAGGAAAAUCUUCUUCCUGUGAAGAAUGAGCAGAAAAAGAAAGAGAAUCACAUUCAUGGCUGUAAAGUGAAUGAAAACUGAGUGGGAGCAUGUUAGUGUCAGUUGACAAAUGUAAUAUGAGCUCUGAGUUCUCUGCCAGUACUGCAAGGUGUGUGCGAUCAGGUCAGUCAAAGUAAGAAGUGAAUGAAUCAUUUUAAAGUCAGGUGGUUUUGUGCCUCAUCAGCGGUGAAACACGAUUUUUAGACGUGAGAAAAGUGUGACUCAUUUUCAUUGGGUUAUCUACUGAGAAGUUGCAACAAUGCAUGGUGCGCUAUGGGGGAUUUUCGUAAAGAAAGGAACAAUUUCGGGCAUGGUGAGCCCGCAAAAACAGGAAAUUAUUUUUAAUCUCAGCCAUGCAUGCAGAGGCGUCCUCCACUCCACGCUUUGCUUUAUAGGUGAACUGGAGUGGGUCUAGUCUGUCUGCCUCCACAGCAGUUAGGCGGUCACUCACCACCCUCUCCACACAGUAGUUGCAUUAACACGGGCACAAAUAGUCGAAAUAAACUGGACUUUUGGACUGGAUUGUAGGAAAGACUAGGUUCUGUUAAACGGAAUACUAAUCCAGAUUGUGUCAAAGGACUGGAUCCAGUCCGAUUCAAACUGAAUCCAGGUACAGGGCAAGAUUGAGUCCAGGUAUUUCAUCCCUCCCUUUCCCCCCUUCCAGCAGGACUCUGUGACAGUCUUUCUCUCUGUAGAGCUCCUCAGUCCUUUUGUUGCUGAGAUGUCCUGCAGGGCUGCUGCUUUAACUUUAACUUUCUUUUACAAAACUUGAACUAACGGUUAAGGAGGAGAGUGGCCUGUUCACGGUGAAGUUUUAACUGUUCAUAACUGUGGUGCAGAGGAGUCUUUCCUGGUGUGUCUUUUCAGCAUUCACAUGGGCUUCUUUUGAGUUGGACAUUGAGACAUUAUAAUCUGAUUUAGUGAAGAGUCAGUUUGUUAUUAUUUAGGGAUGAAUGAAGCAGAAAAGGACAAUGAAGCCGAUUGAGCUCUGAGAUUUCUAUCAGUCAUGGCUGGAUGCACACAGCGGCCUCUGCAGGGUGUGUGACUUCUAUGUCAGCGUAUCAAUCCAGCUCACAGGAUGUCAAACAGGUCUGACUGCAGAAAAUUACACUUUCUUUCCAAGACAAUCAUCACACCAGUGUAAGGACAAGUUAGCUUGUUUACACAGAGUUAAAUUACAACGCCAUAUGUUUUGCAAAGCGGUGAUUCACUGGUGUUUGACAAGUAGAAACCAGCUCUUUGAUCUUUUUCCCGAAGGGUGAAGAGACCCGUCCGAAAAUGUCACACUGCUGGUCUUCGUGUGUUGAGAAAAAGGACAACAAACAGAAGUGAAAUAGACCUACGGUGGAAAAACGGACCAAUUCCUGUACAUUUGAUGUUUGUCUCAGUCAUUUCAUUUCUUGGUGCCAGAAAAGGUUAAUAAGUUUGCUGUCCUGGACACUGAAGUGUCUCAGCCCAUGACAGAUGCCUCCUGUGCUCAUCUGUUGGUCAUAGUUCCACUUACAGCACAGUUAUUGGAUUUCAGCCAGAGAGCCGCACAGAGGAACCACCUCUGAGUGUUUCAUCUAUUCAUGACUGCAUAGCCUCUGCAUGAAUCAGAGAUUUCAUUUAAAGAGUUUGACCAUAACGUCGAGUUAGACAGGGAUGAAUGUUGCCGACCGCUUGCUUCUCUAGUUAUACACAGCGGUCUAUGGAGCCACGUGUAAAACCUCAACCCAAACGCCACUCUAUAGCCACAAAUAAUGCUCCGAACAGCGCCUAACUUCAUCAACAGGACAUAUCGGGUCACAGCCAUGGUUCUAGACACCAAACAUCUUUUUAACUUUGACUGAUUUCUUUAGCAAAGAGACUAAACACACCUCACCUACUCUCUUCCAGCAGCCGCUGGUUUGCAGGGGAGCCCUGACGAGUCGAUCACAGAGUGCAGCGGAUCAUUUCCAUUAAGUCGUAAUCAUCAAAAGUAAUCAUUUUGCACUGCAGACGAUCUGUCAAUUUGUCUGAUUGCAUUUCCAUUAAGUUAUAAUCAUAAAUUUUCCGCUGCACUCGGUGAUCGAGUUUGAUGGCCAGUAGGGCUGUCAAAAUUACCCCGAAAUGACGUUCAAAUAUUCGUUCUGAAAAUAACACACUAAGUUCGGACAUGUUUGAAUAUCUUAUUUGGAGUCCAGACCACUCUUUCAGGCUCUCCUCACACGAGGACGGCCCCGUAUUGUCUUGGCGUCGGCACCAAAACAUGUAGCGCUGUUUACACAUCGUAUCUUACAUAGGCUUAGUGCAUUUAAAUGACAACGCAAAAUCCUGUAGUACAUACGCCCGGGCUAAAGGUGACACUGUGAAAUUGCCACAAAGUACCAAAAACAGAGAAUGCGCAUGCACAUACAUGCUGUGUGUGUGUGUGUAUGUGACAAUGUGGGUUGGGGGGCGGGGAGGAGGAAAUAUUCAGCAGUUAGUGCAACAGCUGAAACUCACCUUCUGUGUAUGUGCUCCUGUUAAAGGCAGCGAAGGAGGCAGGGCGGGGUGUUUCUAAACACCUCAUGAAGGGACAUGACAGGAAUGAAAUAAAGAAACUCCACACAGUACGACACUGAGGUCUAUAUACAGCACUUACAAAGAUACAAAACAUCGUAACUCAGAGGCUGAGAUUGUCCAAGAUAAGAUACAUAUCAGAUACAGAAGGCAUGACAUGAUGGGUAUCAUGAUGCAGAGAUAAAGAUAGAUAUCACAAUAACACCUGUAGUUAAUACCUCUUUAACAGCUCAUCAAAACUGGUUCCCUCUGACUCUACUUUUCCUCCUCAUGUUUCUCAAAGAUGGAGGGAUGAUAAAAUGAGAUAAACAUGUUAAUCCUCUAACACACUGAGACUUUGACCUAGCAUGCCGUCGUCCCUGCUGCUAGGCGAGCCAUACUUGCCCCUCUCUGACCUACAGUAUGACCUGUCUGUGACCUCAACAUCCCUUUCACAUGCCAAUCCUGUUUACUGUUUCCAUUGCAGCACCUCAUGUGCAAACUUGCUGCCUGCAAGUCUCCUCACAGGAAACCCGAGGUCCUAGAGCCAACAACUUGAAACUACAUCUUUGCAGCUGAAGAGAAAAAUUUAAAUAUAGACCCAAAACAGCCAAAAGGACUAUAGGCGUUAAGGUUGGGUAUUCCAAUCUAAUAAAGGUUUAUUUAUAUAGCACAUUUAAAAACAACAAAACGUUAACCAAAGUGCUGUACGGUAAAAUUAAAAACAAAAUAAAAAAGAGCCAGACAAUUAACAUGAACAAUAAAACAAAGAUACAGGGACACAUUAAAAAAACAGCGGGACAUAGAUGGUUUAGUAAAAACGUGAUUAAAAGGCCAAGUUCUCAGGAGUUAAAAGUUAGGGAGUAAAACAGGCAGUGAGGGGGACAGUGGCACAUGAAGGGGAAGAGCAUUUUAGAGCUGAGGCGCAGCAACGGGAAAAGCCCGGUCACCCCUGAAAUUUAAUCUUGACCUAGAGACAGUCAGAAGACACUGGUCAGAGAAUCUGAGAGUCUGAGAUGAAAUAUGGGGUCUUAAAAGGUCAGAGAGAUCAAAAGGAGCAAGCCCGUUUAAAGAUUUAUAAGUGAAUAAUAAAAUGUAGGGUAUUCAGAGGAGAAAGCUGAACAAAAAAACACAGAGACUGUAAUGAGCAAAAACUGUUUCUUGUAUAAAACCACACCCGCACAAACCACAGGCAGAGAGGGUUUCACAGCUCAUCACACUCCUAUAAUUAUCUCCUAAUGACUCUAAGAAGGUCAUCAGCACUUCAGAAACAGAUCAGGAAUUCCUCAAGCUGCCAGCUUAGUGCCAGUUCUUUGUGUAAAAUUUCCCCACACACCCUCCACUCUCUGGCCAAACAACCCAGUCACACACACUAAACACACACCCACACCUCACCCACGCUCUGCUCCUCAGACAGAGGAGCUAUUUUUGGUUCCUGAGUCUCCUGUAUGAAAGGCGUCCUUUACUUACUUUGCUGUUCUUUUUCAGCAGUGUCAAAAUAAUGCCGUUAUAAUGUCUCAUGUAUACCUCUGUGGAGGCAAACCAGGAUACCAGGAUACUGUUCUAGCAGGAGAAGAGUUUCCCUGUUGUCAGUGCAUUUACACCUCCUGAUGUAAAUGAUGAUAAACUAAAUAAAUGAUGAUGAUAUGAUGCAUUUGCAGUAGCUUUUCAGGAGACAGCUCAUCUAGUCAGGCUCACAUCAUAACCCAAUUCUGUUUAUUGCUGCUGCACGGUAGAUUUGGCUAAAUUUCCUGUUUGUCAUUAUGUCCAAAUAAAGGGGAGCAUCUAACUGGUUCAGAAACAGACUCAACUAACUAACUCAGGACCAAGAUUGAUAAUAUCCUUGUUGUAAUUUUUCAGUGCUAAACCUGCUGUGUGUUUGUGUGAGGAGUGUUUUUAGAUUAAAGGAGUGACAUCAGGGUGGAGAAUAGUCUGCUUUAAAACUUUUUCAAUAGAAAACACUCAUAGUGAGUGAUGAAGUUUACUGUUUAAGACAACAGGGUGGGGGUUUGAUUGAAAACACCUUAGAGAGAAGAGGUACGCCAUGUUUAGUUCAGUCAAGUUUAGUUUUCUGGGGUCUUCAUGGAGUCCAUGAAAAUUAAAAGCACAUUCACAUAAAAGCAACAUUAACAUGAUUACAUUAUAUAAUAGAUUACACUUUACAUAUAUAAACACAUAAAUAAAUACAAUUACAUCACUCCAUGUGGGUCUCCAAUAUGGGUCUUUUCAGCAGCCAUGUUUCCGGACCUUUUUUAAAGAUGUCUCCGUUCCUCGUUUUGCGACCAUCCAUAUAUUUAAAAACGGCAAUGGCACAACGACGCUCUCCUUGUCUUUCCAAAAGUGGACAUUCUUUCAUGCUUCAGCCAUGUUGCAGUUGCUUCUGUGUCAAAAGUUCUCUAAGUGAUAGCGCCACUUCUUCUCUGGUGUUUUUGCUCCAGGGGUACAGAGGCGUGGCGCACAUGCAUUGUCCGAUCAUACUCUGACUACGCUGGUUAUAUGGUAGAGAAAAUCGAAUUCCAAUCGCAUUAUCUGGGUGUCUUAAUCGGAGUUCUCAAACUCUGAUUAUAGUCAGACUAAGGUGUUUACAUGCACUUCAGUUGUCCGGUCUUAAUCGGAGUAAGGCAAUAAUUCGGUUUGUCAUGUAAACAUACUGAGUGACAGAGCGGGUCAGGAUGCUCUCAAUGGUGCCUCGGUAAAAGGUGCACACAGGCUCUUAUUUCCCUAAAAAUCAUCUUGGGGUUUGCUGUCAUUCCAAACCUCAAGUGUUGGAAACUCCAUGUUGUUCAGUUCAGGAUUCUUGGAUGUAAAGAUCAGAGUCGAUGUGAUAUCCAGGGUUAUUUCUUGAAUUGAGAUUAUGACUGUCUGCUGUCAGGGGUCCGUGUGUUUAAUAAUACACCAACUGUUGUGGGCUGUGCUGGGUCAGAGUCCGGGGCUGUCUUUUCAUCCAUCACUGCUUCACUGUUCCUCUUUUUGACAUAAUAACCCCCUCUUCACUUUAUCAGAUAAACAGUUCAUGUCCCCAAAAAUAAAAAAGGGUUUAUCAAGAAUCUUAUUCAGUCCAAUUUGGAAAACCAGUUGAAGACACACAAAUGUUGACUGAGUGAUUGGUCUGUUAGUGUAAGAUUACAGUGAGAGGCGCUGAGCGGCAUUGUUCCUAAUAUGGCAUGUGCUGCUGCAGCCCUCCCCUCAUUACCUCUCUGCUGAGGUCACAACAUGUACAGUGUAACCUUAGUUUGUUUGCUCAGGACUAACUGGGGGUAAUAAUGACUAUAAACGAAGAUAAUGUCGGCACCAAAGUCUCCUUUUGUCUUCAUCAGUUUGGCAUGACAGAGUCAUUUCCUGAGUUGUGGUUUUUAUCUCACCCUUCUGCAGGAGUGAGGACACGGAGUCAGCUGACUUCUCUUUUGUGCAGAUGUGUUUUCACUCUGAGCUGCAGACUGGGGUAGAAAUAGAAAUGGCAAACUGACUGAAGUGACCGCUUCAGCUUUAAAGAUUAAGCUGGAAAACCCCACAUAUCAAGUUGGACUCUCUAUACAAGGUAUGAUGAGGUGUGAGGGACAGGGCUGGUGAGAAAUAUGUGAUAGGUGCAGCGCUCCCGCUCCCGCUCUCCUCCCUCCCUCCCUCCCUCCCUCCCUCCCUCUCUCCUUCUGCAGCAGCAGACUGCGUUUGCUCACGAACGAGAGAACACGCUCUUUGAGUUGCCGCUGCUACUUCGCCGUUUCUUGUUUGUUUUUGCCUCAGCGAUGUGUUUCAGGACUGUACUUUUGUUCGCAGUGUUUGGCCGUGAGUAUGACUUCACUUUUUUCUUUCAUCUGUUGCUUUUAUUGAGUAGCCUUAAUCUUGCCACUUGUGAAGGCUCAAACAGUUACCGCUCCGAAGUGCAGGAUGAAUAUCACUGGCUCAAACUGAUUAUAUGACUGUUAGUAACUCUUUUUGCCGAGAUUCUGUGUGUGUGUGUGUGUGUGUGUGUGAGAGAGUGAGAGACUGUGGGUUGACAUGUUAGGUGUUAAGCAAAAGUUACUGCAAGUGUCCUCUCCACCCUUAUCAUACACAUGUAAUGACCCUGUUUAAAAGGAAGUAAGAUAUAGACGAGGCAAAUGAUUUUACUCUGCUCAAGGUCACAGUCAAUUCUCACGAUGCUGGAGCAGCAAGAUGCAGCGCGCUGUCAUACGGGUGUGGACGGAGCUCUUGUUAAUUUCUUUACAGAUCUUUAUCAUUCAUUUUGAGAGACAGAUGAGAGAAUAAGGCAGAGUGAAUACACACACACACACAUGGUUGUGACAGGAAAAACAAUGAAACUGGAUCAUCUCUUGGUGUAACACAGAUCGCCGGUUAAGUUUGUGAAUAUUUCUACAGGCUUGACAUACAGAAACGUAAAGAAACGUUUCCACUCGUGUGUCAAAUGUGCAUAGAUGUCGGCUGAUGAACUCGACACCCAUCCUGAGUGGAGCUGCUGCCUCCUCGGUGGAAGUUUCAGUUCCAGGUGUGAAACCACAGUCAGCCUGUCAGUUCUUCUUUGAUUGUCUUCCUCGUACUUGUACCCAGCCGACCAGAAGCUUUCUGAGUAAGCUUGUGUUAGUUGACAGAUAAAGCCUAUGAAUGGUGCAGUGGUUAACAAAGGGUCUGUCUUCAGAAAGAAAAACAUUUUUCCCUGUCAUCAAGUCAAUUUUUUAAACCAUUCAGAAAAAUAACACAGUAGACUUGUCUUGUAAAUCGGUUUGCCUUUGGCUAAGAUAAUCUUGUUUUGUCACCAGAAAAAUGGCUACAGCUAAAGCAUCUGAUUUUGUUGCCAGAAACAUGUCUGACAAUAUCAGGUUUUGUUGCCUCAAUUAGAUUUUUUUAACAACAUAGUCUGAUAUGAUCGAAUAGUUUAAAGAACUAUUUAUGUCUCUUUAUGAUAAAUAAAAUAAAGUGCUGAAUAUGUUUUUUUUUCUCACGCACUUUGCGCGCUCUCAUGAAUUCUCUGUGCCCCAGUACAGCAUUAGGUCGAGUGACGCCCCUGCUUGUACCCCUACUUGGUUUUGCUUACCUGACUUUUUCUCUGACACUGAAACACUUUCUGAGUCUGGAAACUGUUGACAGAUUUAUUUGGUGGGUUGCUCACUUUAAACCAUAAAAACCACAUGACCCACAUUUAAAUCUCUGUCAUGAUCAGCACUGCUUACAAGCCCAUAAUUGUCACUUGGAUCAAAUAACGCAUUACUCUGUAUCUGACAGUCAUGUAGAUUAUUCCAUGACUGCAUAACUUGCCGCCUGGACUAGCUCGUCUUUCUCUCGAGCUGUGUCACUUCUUUUUCCCAACCACAGUGGCUGUGUGGUGCUUGUGGUAUGUGUGUGUUUGUGUGUGUCCACAAGUUCAGCGAGGUGUUUCUUGUCCUGGGCGGUUUACACAAUCCCUCUGAGCAGCUGUGGCUGGCGAGGCUUUCUCCGAGGGAGGGGGGUUGGUUGGCUUAUUGCUGUGAAUGAGAACCACGUUCCUGUGGUCCUACUUUAGCACCAUAUACUAUACAAGGUGUGACAACAGAUACAUAAGGAUGCAUUUGCUAAGUUGAAUGAACAUUUUCCACAUGGAUCCUUGUUUGUUUUUUAAGCUUUUUCUCGGAAGUCUCUGAAGUUUUUCAAAAGUCUCAUCUUUCCUUCUGUUUGAUUUGAAUGUGCAGCUGAUCUCAGACUGUAAAGAUAUUAUUUAUCUCUGCCUCCAGCCUCCUUUUAAAAGUGACUGAUUUACUGAGUGACUGCAUCGGUGAAGUAAUUCUGAUUGCUUCCGUAGCCUGGAAUUCUUAGAUAAUAUACCUGCCCCUUAUCUGGUGUGUUAUUGACUUGUUCAGUGAAAGCAGCUAAUUCACAAGUCGAUAAAGGAAGUUUGUCUUUAACAGCAUAUAGGUGUUCUUGCAAUAUCCUGCCUCAGUGUAAAGGUUCUUAAACACCGGCAACGACGCAAAUAUACGACACGAAAUUACAAAUUAUUCAGGGGCCAAUUUUGACGCGCCUGACUGUACACAUUAAGCGCGAUGCAAUUUCGCAACUUUCCGGGGGGGGAAAGACGCGUCCCUGGUGGAAUCGAGAAGACUGACACAACAGCAGACUGACUGUUUUCAGUUCUGAUUAGACUCUAGUGUUGAGAUGUCUGUCUGUCAUGAUAGCAUGUACUGAGUCGGGGCCAGAACCAGAUAAGCACAUUAAACUAUAAUCCAUAAACGUAAGGUAACAACCGAGACCUAAUGGUGCUGUGACAGUAACGCUGUGAUUGAGUUUGAGACAGUGAAAAUACAUAUGGUAUGUUGUAUCUGAACAGGUUAGCUUACGAGCUAAAGUUACUUAGCACAGAUGAAAGUUAAAACAAAGACGUUUAUCAAACUGUUAAAGCACACAAACCAUCGUCAUAUGAGAAAUCCGACGCUAUGACUCUCCACAAGUUGUCCUUCAGGUCGUUAUCUUUGUAAUGUUUGUGUCUUUUUAUCAAAAAUCACUCUGUUUUUCAAGACAAACAAUCAGCGGGUCGGCCAUUUUGGAUAUACCGGUGAAUCUGAUGUUGCAACAACACGCAAUCUGAUUGGUCUGAAGUGGACACACAGUAUGCAAAACUUUAGAAAAAUCGACCGUGGUCUGAGAAAUAAAUGCCUCAAUAUCACAGGACGGGAAAACGUCGCUGAUGUGAACGCUUGUAUUGACAGGAUACGGGUUCGAAAAAAAAUAUUGACGUCCGAAAUAAUCGCACAAAAAAAACACUCCCGGUGUGAAAGGAUCCUUAAUACUGAAGUGUUUACACCAUAGACUGUAUAUAGAAUGGAUAGCGUCUGCCUCCUUGCUGGGUGAAGCCAUCGGUAGAACAGCACCCUCUGGUGACAGGCUGCAGUAUAGGUCAUAAAUCCCACCUUCUCCAGCAGUCCCUAUGGAGCAAACUUUAGAAAUUUAUUACACAGAAUAUAAAUGUUUCUCCCCCCUGGUUGUGAUGUUGACAUGUAGUUACUGUCAGACUGGUUUGUGCUCAAGUCCUCUUUUUUUCUGUGAAGCUCCGUUUUUAAAAGUUAUUAGGGGGUUCAUGUUUUCUUUGAUUGACACCUGAUACAGCCUAUGGGCGUUCAGGGAUUGUGUAGCUCGCUGUUUGAGCUGAGCAUCAUCACAGCGACUCUCGGCGACUCCCCCUCUGAAUGCGUACAACGCUAGUGCGCAAUGUUGGUUUUAGGAAAUGAAGAAAAAUCCUGGAAAUACCGAGAGCUUUUUGCCUUCAAAUCCGUAUACAGGCAGGAGGCGGAACCAAGUUGUCUAUAGUAUAUACAGUCUAUGGUUUGCACACACACACACAUCCCCAAGGCUGAUAUUGACAGUGAUGCUACAAACCCAGCCAUAAACGCGCGCUGCAAGGAAGCAUGUUAUGUUGGCUCGUGGUGGAAUAAUAAUAAAGUUAGAGACUGGAGGAAACAUUUCAUAAAAGACAGGAUCAUGAAGAAGAAAUACCAACACAGAUGUCUCAUCGUCUUUCUUUCUUUCUCUUUGUUUUUCUUAGUUUGGUUCUCGCUGCCAGGAGGAUGGGCAGAAACCAAGUAUCUAACAGGGAGGGAAGGAGGAAAGCUCAAGCUGGAGACUGGACCCUUCAACCUGCAUGGGGAUUUCCAGAUUGAGUGGUCGCGCAGAUUAAAUGGGCAGACGGUGGAUCAUACCCUCAUUGACUGCGAUGCCAAAUGCGCCCCCUCAAAUGGGCCUGAGGACAAGCUGCACCUCAACACAACAUCUGGGGCUCUCACUCUCCAGCUGCUGAGCCCUGCUGACAGUGGUCUCUACGUGGGGUUCAUCACUGAGGACAAUAGCAAUGUGCACCAAUAUAUCUACAAUGUCACCGUUCAAGGUGGGUUUUCCCAAGAUACCAAAUAAAAUCACUGUCAUUUACUCCUCGUCAUCCCAGAUGGUUGGCAUUUUACUAAAAUAAUGUGAAGGGUCCGAUUUGAACCAUUUACAAGGCAGGGUCUGAAGUGUAGUUUAAGGCAGGUCUAACCGUACUUUGCUGUUUAAGAGGCGCACAGUCAUGACACAAAAUGAGACCCAGGGGACAAACAGAUUUGAAUAAGUCAAGUGAUUUUUGAUAGUAGGGCUCCACGAUCAACAAAUUUUAAAUCGUAAUCGGAUGAUUUAUGACGAUGUUAAAAAGAUUAAAAUAGUCAAAUCGAUUCUUCUCCAUCAUGUCUCGCACAUCCAGGCCACCGUGGGCUCCCCAGUUCCCGCACACCAGUGUAAACAAACAUGGCGUUUGCAAAUGAAGGCGAUAAUUUCAUGGCUAAAUAGAACAAGUCAGUCGUGUGGAAUUGAUAUGGACGAAGUUUCGGACAAAGAUCAAACCACACCCUGCAACGUCUGUCUGAAGGCGGUAUCAACCCGUCACCACGGAAAUUAAUUCAAGAGUGAACACAAAAGUAUUUGUCAGCGUUUCAUCCACAUAGAAAUGGCGUUUCCGGUGACUGUAAAAGGUACUGUUUGAAAACAGGUCAGAGACGAAGAAAUGCGUAAACGACGACCAUUCCAUCGCCGUGUGGAUCGCAGGGAUGACGUAUCAAGACAAACAACCAUCCACGACCCACAUUCACACCUAAGGGCAUUUUAAAGGUGGCCAACUAACUUAACUCCACUUAUACGUGUUUUGGAAUGUGGGAGGAAACCAGAGUACCUGUAGUAAACCCACGCAGACACAGGGAGAACAAGCAAACUCCACACAGAGACUCCCUGACCCAGAUUCGAACCCAGAACCUUCUUGCUGUGAGGCGACAGUGCUAACCACUUCACCAUUGUGCCACCCGGUGAAGUUGUCUCUACAUAAAAAUUGAAAAUCAAGUUUUCAGAGAAAAAAGUCUGGAUUUUAUUUCUGGCCAAAAUUGUGCAACCCUACUUCAUAUGUUUUGAGAACAUAAUGAAUCAGACCAAUCCGUGUGUUUCCUUUAAUUCAGAGUCAGCAGAGAGUCUGAUAUGUUAUACUACUGCUCACAUCUAGUAUCUGCUCUUGUCUUUUAAUUUAGAAACACCACCAGAAGUUACUGAAAACCACAGGAACCACAACGCUUUGUUCGUAUCAAUCGGCCUUUUUGGAUUCGUGGUCAUUGGGCUGCUGGUUGCUAUCCUGCUGGGGGUCAAAGCAAAGACCCUGGAGAAAAAGAAAGGUCCGUAUCAACACAGUUCUCAAGCACAGAUGGUUUCAUUUCAUUGGUGUUGUAGCAUCUCCGGUAGAUUAAUGGUCUGAUGGUUCACAAAGUUAUAUUCAAAGCAGUUUCUUGCAACAUCCAUGAACAGUGUGAACACACCGUUAGAGCUAAAGAAAACAAGAGCAGUAUUAACCCUUUCUGUACUGACAAGAUCGUUUUAGCCCUCUAAAUUAUGUGUUCAAAAGCCUCUUAGAAAUUAUGUUUCCUAUAAACCUUCAAAAACGGUGAAUAUCAGAUACAUAUCAGAGUGCUUUAGCAAGAAUUAGCUUAAAAUAACACAUUAAUUUCCUUCCUUUAAACCAAAUAACAUGAAAUCCAUUUUUAGACAUCAUAUCAAUGCACACAUCAGGCUUUAUGAUGCACAAAAUACACAUGGAUUCAAAGUGUGCCCCAACUAAAUGAAUCAUCUCUGUGUUACCAUAACCAAAUAAAGUACUACAGUUCAUUUAAGGAUACUUCCCUAAGUAUACUUUGUACACUGAUACAAAUAUACCCACAGUGUACUUGCAAGUAAACUUUGGGACUAGAUCGGCCCAGUUUAGUUUAUUAAAGUACACUUGAAGCGUACUUGAAAGUGGUUUACUGUUAGUUUACUAGUAAUAAACUUUUAGUCCCCUUUGUAGUUUUAAAAAAUUACACACUGAAUUUAUUGUCUUUUUUAUGAGUGUACUCUAUAAAAGUGUACUCUUACAUGAAACCUAAGGCACAAAUACAUACUUAAGUGUAUCUUGUUAAAAGUUUAUAUAUGAGAAUAGGUUAAAUUUAUUUAGACUUUUAUUGUAAGCCCUGAAUGCUGGUUUUACAGCAUCAUCUGUAAUGUUUGACUGAUGAUGUGAACCAAGGUUUGCUCUGGUGAAGUGAUAAUUCUCUUUUUAUUUUCUUCACAGUUAACGCUCAGUCCGUCUGA